AUGCAGGAUGGGCUAAGGCGAGGCCGUCCAAGAGCAGACACCGUCCGCGACCUGAUUAGCGAAGGAGAGCACUCUUCCAGCAGAAUACGCUGCAAUAUCUGCAACAGGGUUUUCCCGCGAGAGAAGUCGCUGCAGGCCCACAAACGAACACAUACCGGUGAAAGGCCUUAUUUGUGUGACUACCCAGAUUGCGGGAAAGCCUUUGUUCAGAGUGGACAGCUCAAAACCCACCAGCGUCUCCACACAGGGGAGAAACCUUUCGUCUGCUCAGAGAAUGGCUGUUUAAGCAGAUUCACGCAUGCAAACCGUCACUGCCCCAAACAUCCGUAUGCCCGACUGAAGAGGGAAGAGCUUACAGACAGGCUGAGUAAGAAGGAGACUGCUGACAAUAAAGCUGUGGCUGAGUGGCUAGCAAAGUACUGGGAGACCAGAGAACAGCGGGCUCCUGCUUUGAAAAGUAAAACAAUACAGAAAACAGAUCAGGAGCAGCAGGACCCCAUGGAGUAUCUUCAGUCUGAUGAAGAGGAUGAUGAAGAGAAAAAUAGCGCUCACUCGGCUGCUCGCCGCCGCCUCCAGGAACAGCGUGAACGCAUGCAUGGUGCACUGGCUCUUAUUGAGCUUGCAAACCUAGCUGUGGCACCGCUGCGACAGUAGAUAGGAACAGAGUCUGCCUAUACAAAAUGUACUUACUGGUGGUAUUUAACCAGUUAGAUCUUGAGUAUAAGCUAAGCACCUUAUUUGCUUGUCAUAGGCUGCUAUUCUGUAGAAUUUAUGAAGAAUGUUGUUGCCCCAUCACAUGGGGUGAGAGAAUUGCACUUUUUUUUAAGGUAAAAGAUAGAUGUAGAGUUUCUAAGUAUUUUGUAAAUAUAGGACUGCGUAAUGCAGGGUUGACAAAUUUAUG